AUUUGGUUCAAAAUAUUUUUUGCUGAUCAGGAUAUCCAUGAAAUAGCGUCAAAAUUAAAAGUGGAAAUUCAAGUUUGGACCGUUUCUUUUGUCACCUGAACCCAGCGCAAAAUUACUAGUUUGCAAAAUGAGUCGUUCACAAGGCCGGACGAAUCCGAAACGUAAUCGAAAGCUUCGACCACAGCAACAGCAAGUCUUCAUUGAUCUGCUCGAUGACGGCAAAAUCCAGAUUGUGUCCGAGCUUCACCAGUCUAGAACCAGCACGGAUGAGACCAUCAUUCACAAUAUUUAUACGGCACCGGUACAACCGACUUUGUAUGACGGGACGUACGUCACAGCAGCGGAAGAUACUGAAUCCGAGAUGAGUUUUUCGACUGAGUCGGUAACUACCGAAACGGAGGCUUCUACAUCUACUACGCAGGAGGAUGAGCUGCAAGAAAUGACCCUAGAAGAGUUGGGAGAUCCGCCAAUAUUUUCGGUUCCGAUCAUUGAACUACCGGACGAGCAUUCAUCAUCUCGACGUAUGGAAACCCGUUCGCGACCAGUGAUUGAGGGAAAGAGACAGUCGAUGUCGAUAGUGGGUAAUGUUCGCGGCCAUGCCGUUGGAGCAAUUAUCGACCCGAGCAGCACGGUACUGAUGCAACUGUCGAAGAGUAGCAACUGUGGCCAGCUAGGAGUGAUGGAUUGUAUACGGGAGGUUAACGAACUACUGGAAAAUGAUGAUAGUAUGGUGAUUUUGAAGUAUCCCGGUAUAAGCGAAUCACAGACUUCUCGAAGGCCACCGACUGAUCACAGAGCAACCUCUAGGAAGAUGCUGGAACUGACGGAGGAUGUGCUGAGAAGGGUUCAGGGGUCUUCACGAGAAUCGUUGCUAGUGCGAUUGCAGAAAACUUUAGGGGAAAUUUUGUAUCAACCGGUAGACACCAUCGUAGUUCAUACUUAUUCGAGAGAUAAUUUCGACGAUGAGGAAGUGGGAUCGGAAGCAUUUGUUGGAUUUUUCAGCAAAGACGACGAAUCGGCGUUGUUUGUACAAUCUUCACGGGCACUGUCUCAAGCUGCGGCAAGCCACUCCGGGAGUGAUGAGGAUGAGGAACGAAAGCCAAUCGAUCGGCUGAGGAGUUUUCUGGAAAAUUCCAUGUUGAACCAGGAGGAAAUCAUGGAACAGACACUAUCAAUAGAUCCAGACAUUACUGUUAGCAGAUCAGGGAACAAGAUCAUAGGAGUUUUGAGUUUCCCAAAUGCAUCUUCUGGGGUGGUCACCACGACAACUGAUCACUUUUCCGUCGAUGGUGAUCGAAAGGAUAUUACCAAAUCGAUGAAGGAUCUGUUUAAGAAUCUUGUGCAGCAGCCGUCCGAAAAGUUGCUGGUUCAAAUACACUCCGAUGAGAUCCGUAGCAUGAAGGUAGAACAAAUCAAACAAGAACUGGACCGAUCCAUUAGAAGCGGUAAUUCAGAAAAGGUUAACUCUGAAAUUAGUGUUCGCGAAAGCGAUGAUAAGAUUCUUGGACUAAUGAGCUAUUCCGGAGGAUCCAUUGUCAUUCAAACCUAUAGUAAAAAUUGGAGCAGAAAGCAGACCAAAGAUAACGCUGAAGAUUUGAUCGUAGCCAUUCGAUUGAGGAUUGAAAAGUUUAUCAUAAGCAAUGUGCUAAACGAUGCCGAUUUGAAAGAUAUUGCGUCGAUCAUAGCUCAGGUAUUUCACAGUGAAAAAGUUGAUCUGCCGGUAGAAUAUCUUAACAGACCAGUCCUCGGAAAAAUUCGAUCAACAAUACAGCAACUGAUGAAACCGGUCGAGGACGAAAAUUCGCUAGCCAUAAUAAGCCAGAUUCAGGACGCUCUACAGGAUAUAGCGCGCCACGAAGUGACCACGAACACGGAGUUUAACACGUGGGAUUUGUUGAGAAGAUACUUUGAUGAACUAAUUUGCGACGAAGACUCCGAAUUCCCUGAAAAUUCAAUCAUGAUAGCACUUCGUAAAGCUUUGUUAACAGUACUUAUCCACUACGAAUCAGCUCUCUCCUAUGCCCUUGGUGACCUCUUGGAACUUCUCAAAACAGUUCCCGCUGAGGCUGUGGAUCUCAGCGUCUCAAGCAGCCCUGGAACUACACUGUUAACAGACCGGCAACCACCGCCUAUUCCGCCUACCAUAGAAAGAGACAUUCAAUCCCGCGAAGUAGUCCAGCAGGUUCACAAUCUGUUGAACGAAGACCGGAAUCGGGAAGUGAACAUUUUGCCCUAUAUGACCCUGUUCCAGUCGUUGUUUUUGGCUCUGAUGAAAAUUAUUACUGGCUGGAGAAUGAAGGUGAAAUCUUUUCUCAGCAACGAACCUGAGGAAGCUCGAUCGGAACCUUUGGUAGGCCAGAAACCGUCCGUAUCGUUUCACCUGGUUCAGGUACCGGACGACGACACUACUCCGGAUGUUUCUCAGCAGCUGAAAAAGGAGCGGCAACACCUAAAUGAAACCAUCGAUGAGCUGCGUAAGUUUCUGGAGAACUCUCUGGGCGUUCCGGAGUCAUGGCAUCGUGAACGUUCAGGCUCUUUAGCGAAAAGUUCGCAAGAAUCGACUGCCGUUAAGGAUCGGGUGUUGACACUAUUCGCGAAACUACUUGAAGAAACUGGAAAAUUGAAGGUGAUGGAAAAUUCUGCGGACGUAGUUCAUCUACGCUUGGAAUCAGCAUCGGGAAAUCUGGAACGCAGAGAGUCCGACCAGUAUGUAAUGUUGAGCGGAAGUGUUCGAGACCAGCAAAACAAUCUAGGGUUAUUCUUUGAGGCCCGGCUGGUUGACUUGCGGGAGAGUUCGGGAAUUGAGUCGCGGUUGGAGUGUGUGAAGGAGGUACGAAAAUUGUCCGAUGAUAUGGAUCAAGACGAUCAGCAACCUGGUUCGAGUGGAACGCAACGCUUGAAAUCAUUCGGGAAUGAAUCGUGGCAGAACGAUUCAGUUAAGGGAAUCAAGGCAAAAUCGGAUGAUUUUAUGCAAGACGUCAAUGUUGAUUCUCAUGCAAUCGUGCCAAGUCAAAGCAUAGAUGAACUGGUUGAAGAAUGCGUGAAGGUAGCACAGGCGUUAUCGAAUACAUCUGCGAAUGAACCUCUACGCAACGAUUCGGCCCAGGCUGUUAAAGCAAUUAAGGAUAAGUUGGUUGAUUUCAUACAAAGCAGCAACGUUGAUUCGCGUAUGAUCGAGCCAAGUCACAGCCUAGAGAAACCUGUUGAAGAGCGUGUGAAGGAGACACAGAAAUUAUCGAAUGCAUUUGACAAUGAAUUCCGGCAAAUCGAAACGACUAAGGCCAUCGAGGCUGAAUUGAUUGACGGACAAAGUAUCAACGCUCAGUCGCAUGGAACAAUUGCCAAGAAUUUGUUGGAUGAAGCAGGCAAGACAACGCUGUCAGAAACAUCGCAGGAUAAAUCUCAAAAUCAGGAGUCGGGCGUAUUGUUGAACUCGCAGGUAGAUAACAUGGGCAAGACCUCCGGAAGUGAUUCGUUGACAAAAUCUACUCAUAGCAUCCUACUGAAACUACCAGAAACCCAUGACAGUCCAGAAGACAAGCUCAUUUCAGAAUCUAGAGAUUCCUGUACCGAAGACACCGGUAGCGAUGCAAAGGAAGUUCUGAGCAGAUACUUGGAGCUAGUCAUGCACUACAUCCAGGAGUCUGUCGAGCCGAUGAGAGAGACAAUGAAAAUUAUAUUAGACAAAUUGGCUAAAGUAGAACUAGGCAAGGUUCAUGAACUACACUCCGCUAUAAUACAAACCGGAAGUAGCCUUAUAAAUGAUUACCUAAUCGAAGUGCCAGAAAGUCGCGAAACUGUGGAGGAAGACAUUGCGUUAGAGAUCGACUACGUAGACGCAUGCAUUCAAUGUGAUUCUGUGGAAAGUACCGUAAGUUCCCAGGCAUUCGCCGUUCAAAUGGAACAGGACGCCCAAUUUGCCUCGAUUGAAUGUGAACUUACUAGCAUAAAAGAAAGAUUGCAGAUGCUUGAUGAAAUACACAAUAUGUUAACGAGGUCAUCAGCCGAGUCACAAGAAACUUUACUAAAUGCUCCCCCCUUCCAAGAAUUCGAAAAAGUUGUAGGAGUUCUUAGGCCAACUGGAACCGUUGAAACCGUAAGGCAAUUGCCAUUUGAAGUGGCUGUUCUAGAUACGAAAAAAAGACUCUCGGACGAUUCAGUAACUAUCGGAAAACGAGAAGAGUUCGUAUCGGCUAUGCAAUGCCCUUCAGAACAGCAGAGAUUGUCCAGUAUAUGCUCCGAGCCUCAUCGACAGGUUCAAUUGGAAAGAAUGAGUACAGCAACGUUAGGUGUUCGAAAAGAUUCCCCAGCUCUUGUCGUUGAUUCUAGGAAAGCUUUGCUUGCCACGAUAUCAACUCAAACCGACGGUGUUACUAGACGUACCACUAGUGCACAAGAACCUCCGCUCUUGCAUUGUGUGUCAGUACAAACUUCUUCUACGCUGCUUCCGGCUUUGUUGAAUAUACUAGAAACUGCAGGAACUCUGCGAGCAUCCUCUCCUCAAGAGAUUACCAAGAUACCAGCAUUGAAAGUUCCCAUAACUAUACCGGAAUCUGUUUACCAUGAGCCUUCGAAAGUAGUCGAUGAAAGUCGACGUGAUCGAGUGGAUCCCGGACUACGCGAGCGCAUUUCAAGUGUUGUUGAACGCUAUGGCAUUUCUCGACCAAUAGAUGUUUCAGAAAGACCACAACCCGCGGGACACGCUCAGGUCCUACCUGUUCCAAGAAAAUCUCUGGGCCAGAUAGACUACGAACAAAUCAUAACUACAGCACCAGUCGGCCAACUAAUUGAUGACGUCCAUCGAAAAAAAUCGCUAACUCCAAUGGAUCCUGUGCAGGUUGGCAUACGAAAGCGAACUUCGGAAAUCACGACAGAAGCCGUCGAACGUCUCGGUGCUUCCCGUAUAAGUAAAGUUGUUGAAAACGAAUUUCAGCCAGGCCAAACUACCGUUGAUAUCCCAACGCGAGAGCAUUCCACGGGUGAAGACAUCGAACCCCGUAAGUCAUCUUUUCCAAGAAAAUCUAGUCGGGAAGAUCCACUACAACCGAAACUUACUUCGAUUUCUAUAGCUAACGCUAGUGAAGGCCGAAGAAUGUCUAUCCUUAGCAAACCUUCUAGUUUCCCGGGAGAAGCCAUUGAAGACCGUAGAGCUUCCGAUACCAAUCAAGCACUCUUGAAUGAGUUGCCGCCAAGAGCCGGAAUGAUGAAAUUAACCGAGAAUGAUCAACCACCAAGAAGAUCUAUCGGCUUGAAGGAUCAGGUAUCUUCUAGUGUACGUGUGCGUACGUUAAGUUUUGCAGACGAUCCUACUGCACCCCACAGUAGUGCUCGUCCAAGUGCAGCUAUGUUAAGAGUAACGGACGACAGUAGUGUGGAGCAAUCAAAGAAGAGACGUUCGAUAACAGACCCGAGUGCAGAAAACCAACGGACGGUUGAGUGUAAGGCUAAGCUGGAAUCAAUGUUAUCGGUUAGUUCGGCACAAUUAUCAAAGCAGCGGCCAACACGAGUCAAGCAAGUCAUUCGGAAACAGCUUAGUGAAAUCCCCGUUCGAGAUCGUGAUGGUAGAAGGCGGCGAUCGUUGUGUGAUCUUGCGCUAAGUUAUAAGUACGGGCGCACUCAUGAAAAUAAGGCAAAGUCUGCUUGCCCUGUGGAGAUAUAUUCUUGCCACCCAGUUGGUCCCGAUCAGCUGAUGAUGCACUGGGAAGUGUUGCCGCAGUUCCUGUACAUGAUUUCUGGCUAUGAGAUUUACGUGAACGGCGAGCAACGUGUCGUGUGUUUGUCAAGAACUCGUAGGACCGCUCUACUGGAGGACAUCAAACUCGACAAGAUACAUCGCAUCUUCAUCUAUCCGACGGCGGAUUCGUCUGCGGGUGAUUUCGCCAAAUCCUGGACUCCAGGGAUAUUCAUUUAUCACAGCUAAAUAAAACUCAUUCGGAAAGUGCACCACCGCUUCGGACAAGAGAACCCGCUAAAGGUUACAAUCUACGGAACUCAAUUG